ACAGAUACUGAAGAGCAGGAGUCCUCAGGCACGAACAGCGGAGACUACGGCGAGGAGUACCAGCCCCUGCUCCCCUCCCGGGAGACCUCCCUGCGCAUCCUCACCACUGCCCUCAGCCCCUUGGACUACCGCAAGUGGAGGAGGAAGCCCUGGUACUGGCGGCUCUUCAAGGUCUUCAAGGUGCCUGUGGAGCUGGUCCUGCUGCUCACCGUUCCCAUCGUGGACCCUGACAAGGAUGACCUGAACUGGAAGAGACCCCUCAACUGCCUGCACAUCCUCACCAGCCCCCUGCUCUGCGUCCUCACCUUGAAGUCAGGCACCUAUGGGCUGUACCAGAUCCAGGGUGUCUUCCCAGUCUGGGGACUGGUCACACUGGUUGGCUCUGUCCUGGCCAUCAUCACCUUCAUCACCACAAGCAACGAGGAGCCGCCGAAGUACCACUGCGUAUUUGCCUUCCUUGGGUUUUUGGCCAGCGCCAUGUGGAUCAAUGCUGCGGCCACAGAGCUAGUGAACAUCCUCCGGACCCUGGGCGUCAUCUUCCAGCUCAGCAACACCGUGCUGGGCCUGACCCUGCUGGCCUGGGGCAACAGCAUCGGCGACACCUUCUCUGACCUCACCAUGGCACGGCAGGGCUAUCCCCGCAUGGCCUUCUCCGCCUGCUUCGGGGGCAUCAUCUUCAGUAUCCUUUGGGUGCCAGGGGGAGGGGUCGGCUGCCUGCGGCAGAUGACCAGCAGCCAGCUGGUGGUGAAGCUGGAGCCCGACAGCCUCCUGGUCUGGAUCCUCGCCGGGGCCCUGGGGCUGAGCUUGGUCUUCUCCUUCGUGUCGGUGCCAGCACAGUGCUUCCAGCUGGGCAAGGCGUACGGCGUCUGCCUCAUCCUCUACUACCUGGCCUUCCUCUGCGUGGCCCUGCUGACCGAGUUCAGGGUGAUCCGUCUCUCCAACAUCUGA